AAUAAAAAAAAAAAAAAAAAAGGAGUUUGGAAACCUAAAAAGAGUUCAAAUUGCCCUGGAGAGCGUGUAGAGGCGCGACCAUUGCCUUCUGAAAGCAGUAUUGCAGCCAAAAGUCGUUCAAAAUGAAGAUAAGACGCCAAUACUGAAUCCACAAAAACCACCGCUGCCGGUUCCCUCCAUUCACAAGGAGUCCUAACAGUAGCAGAGGAAGAAGAGUGAAUGGGGUUGGAGCCGAGAAGUCUACGCAAGGCUGUGGUGCCGUCCUCUCUUAUUCAGAAUCCCUCGCCGGGCAAUUUACAGUCCACUCGCCUAGCUCUAUAUGUCGAUGAGGACGCCUCUUGUUGUUGGGUCUUUAUUGCCUCCGGUUGCCACAUCUACAAGCUCCAGGUUCCACUGCAAGAUUCUUCGAUAAGCAAAGGGAAGGAAAGUCUCCUAAUUCCUGAACAGACGGAGAUUUUGCAGUCUUCUGUACUUAACCGUUGCCCUCAUCUUUCAGAAAUUCAGAGCAUAGCACUCUCUGAAAUUGAGGGCACUGGUUACUUGGUCUUGGGAAGUGUGGAUUCCUAUGGUCACCUUAUUGUCUCUAAACUAGAUACUAGUUGUAAAGAUGUUGACAGGCUUACAUAUUCAGUUUUGCCUCUGGAUAGUGGUGUUGGAGAAGGUAGCUGGGCAGGGCUUUGCUUUAGUUCAAGUCAGUGGUCCAUGGCAGCUGUAGCACGUAGCUUCUGCAAAAGCAUAGAUGUUUAUGAUCAAGAUAUCCAGCUUCGAACUUUACAUUCACUGUGGUAUCCAUCAUCAUUGAACUUUUUAGAGAAUUCAGCUUAUGCGAAUGAAAAUUCAAUUUUGGCCAUCGCAGAAGGCUGCCAGUUGACAAUAUGGGACCUGAGAAUGAAAGAAAACGGUGGUUGCAUACACCGAAUUUGUGGUUCUGUUGGGGAUAUUUUCUAUGCUGUCAGCAGUUCAUCAACUGGUAAUGUGGCAGCGGGUGGUGCUGAUCGUACUGUUACAAUUUAUGAUCCUCGCAGAUGGGCUGCACUAUCAAGAUGGACAAAUUGUUCAAAGUAUGAGAUAACCGGACUUGCUUUCUCUUCGAUUGACUCUGAUUACAUCUAUGUACAGGGACUUGAUUAUGAGGUUUUUUGUGGACAGUGGAAAGAAGGCAAUAAGGUGUUUUCAUUUAGAGGAGACUCAAACUGGCUUGGGUUCAGCAAGUGCUCCAAUCGGGAUGUUGUGGGUGGAUGGUGUGAUUCGGGAAGUGUCUUUGUGGCUGACAUUGUUGCUAGAGAGAGCGAAAUUUGCUGAUGCAUUCCGUCACUGGUGAUUCUGCUGCUUUCUUACCUAUCUCGUUAGCUUCUGCAUUUUUCUCAUGGGGUACACUUUUUGUGUAGUUUUUCAUGCUAUCACUUUCUAUUUGCCAACAAAGAAAAUAGAGCAUGGAGGACAGAUGGCAAUGACUUGGGAGUUAUGACAAACUGUUGCUAUAAAACUCUCAAAACUUUGACUUCAUUUGGUAGCUUAUAUUUGGAAAAAAAAAAAGUUAACUUAUAAGUUGUCAACUGUCUCUGGUGAUGUUAAUUGCAAUAAGUGUAUGAAAAGCAUAUAUUAUCCGAUAAGUUCCCAUGAGGAGCUUAUUUUAUACUA